ACCGGAAGUAAUGCACGUGUAGAAAAAACAGCUGAAUGAUCUGUUUAAAGCGUUUGAUAAAAUUUCCCUCUGUAUUUUAUGGAUUACAGACAUUAAAAAGAAGUUUUUCGGGUUCAUUAAUGGAGCAUUUUGAAGAAGACUUGGUGGAGGCGCUUAAAGACGUUGUAAAGGCGGGGAGCUGGCAGUGUGUGGGAGAUGCUGGGAAGCUGAAGUCACCCUGCACCAAGUUUUACGCAGACGAUGGAGAGCACAUAGUUCUGGUGCACACAGAUGAUGGACGGUACUGGGCUAUGGACUCAUCCUGCCCACAUGAAGGUGGUCCUCUUGACCAAGGAGACAUCGAGGACCUGGGAGAUGGGAAACUGGCGUUGGUAUGCCCCUGGCAUUAUUUUGACUUCAGCCUGGAGACAGGUGCCUCAUCGUCAGGACUGCAGAAUCAAGUCUAUGAUGUCAGAGUAGUGGAUGGAAAGGUAUAUAUCAAUACUCAGAGUAACUUGUCUCGCUACCCUGUCCCGGUUACGAAAACAGCUAAAACAGAUGCCUCGUUGCCAGGGGAAAUUAAUUCAGCGUCUUCAGAAAAUACACUCUGUUUCUGGGCCACAAAAAUCCUCUGUACUCCAGACCCACAGGAAAAGGUAAAAUUGACUAAAGAAGUGCAGCAUUGGUGGGACACUGGGAAAAUAACUGAAAUCGGGGAGUGUGCUCCACCAGCGCAGCCCAGCAGGAUAGACAAGCUGACUGUAGUGCAGCCGGGCAAAAUCAAACGCGGUAAAGGAGGCACACAGGCGAGCAGGAUCGCUUUGCUGCAUUCUCUGGCGAAUAUCGAGCAGUGGGCGAUUGAUCUGUCGUGGGAUAUUAUAGCACGGUUCUCUUCUGUUCAGCUCAGCACUGGAGACUCAAUGCCACGCCAGUUCUUCAGUGACUUUGUCAAAGUAGCUGGAGAUGAAGCCAAGCAUUAUGAUUUAUUAGAGCAAAGGAUCAAGGACCUGGGCAGCUCUUUUGGUUCCCUGCCGGUGCAUAAUGGUUUGUGGCAGUCGGCAACAGAGACGUCUCAUGAUCUUCUGUCCAGACUGGCUAUAGUACACAUGGUUCAUGAAGCCAGGGGUUUAGACGUGCACCCUCAGACGCUCUCACGCUUUGCAGCACAGAAUGACACAGACUCUGUGAAGAUACUGGAGAUAAUCUACACUGAUGAGAUCACACAUGUGGCUGCAGGACUCCGCUGGUUCACAUACAUUUGCUCUAAAGAGGAACGGCAUUGCUUGACGACUUUCCAUGACUUGGUUAAGUUGCACUUCAGAGGGUAUCUGAAGCCCCCGUUUAACACAGAGGGAAGGAAGACGGCCGGGAUGACUGAGGAGUGGUACGUUCCACUUGUUAAACCUGCCAGCUAACCGAAGAUGUUCUUCAGCUUUUACAGUGGAAAGAUAAGCUGCUACACUCUAUCACUCUCUUCUGUACACUACAUACUAUCUGUCACUGCCAGUACUGUAAUUAUUUACUAUUUUACUAUUAAUAAUUUAAUUAUUACUGUAAACCUUCAGCUUAUUUCCUGCACUGUGCAUGUCCUUGUAAUUGUGUGAAAUGAUUAUUUAU